AACCUUGUCCUUAUUUUAAGGCCCUAAACAUGUUUUCGAGAUUAUGUAUUUAAAUUUUGCUGAUGCAUUCUAACAUGCCACUAGACAAUAAUUUCUAUAACAUAGUAACGCAGCAUAUAUUGCUUUAUAAGUAAGUAGAUAUCCUUUAUCAAAAACUUGCCAUACUGAAUAUGACUUCUAUAAUAACGUUGGCCCAUGUUUAUACAAUCUUCAUUUUGGUUACAUUGGGAUCGGUCAUUCACUUAGAAGCUCAGCUUCAAGUAGGAUUCUAUAUGGGCCCAUGUUCGGUGGCUGAGCUCAUUGUCAAAGAGGAGGUUGUUAAAGCGUACUUUCAAGACAGGGGUCUGGCUGCCGGUCUAGUUAGACUUCAUUUCCAUGAUUGUUUUGUCAGGGGUUGUGAUGGAUCUGUUUUGAUAGAUUCAACUCCUUCAAAUAAGGCGGAAAAAGAUUCUCCAGCAAAUAAUCCAAGUCUUCGUGGAUUCAAUAUCAUUGAUAAUGCAAAAACUAGGCUUGAAGCUUUAUGUCCAGGAGUUGUUUCUUGCGCUGAUAUAGUUGCAUUCGCAGCUAGAGAUAGCGUCCAGAUAACUGGGGGACUUUGGUAUGACGUUCCAGCUGGGAGAAGAGAUGGCAGAGUUUCACUGAUAGCGGAGACUAGAGCAUUGCCUCCUGCAACAUCAAAUCUCAACCAGCUUACUCAAAUUUUCUCAAGCCAUGGAUUGACGCAAGAAGAAAUGGUUACUCUUUCUGGUGCGCAUACCAUUGGCAGAGCACAUUGUACCUCCUUUGCUAGCAGACUUUACACCUUCAACUCCUCGGGAAACCAGGACCCAAGUUUGAACACAUUGUAUGCUAGCAAGUUAAAGCAGGAGUGCCCCAAGGGGAACAAAGAUGUGAAUCUUGUGGUACCAAUGAACCCCGGUUCACCAGCCAUUACUGACACAGGAUACUAUGUCGACGUAUUGAAUAAUAGAGGUCUGUUCACUUCAGACCAAUCUCUACUCACAAGUACAUCAACAGCGAACCAAGUACGCCAGAAUGCUAUGAACCCGUUUCUUUGGAAGAGUAAAUUUGCACAAGCAAUGGUUAAGAUGGGUAAGAUCGGUGUAUUGACAGGUCAUCAAGGAGAAAUCCGAUCAAAGUGCCGAGUGAUCAACAAAUAAAGGAACAAAUCUUGUGAAUCACGCAUAUAAUUCAAAUAAGAACAUUGGUGCAUCAAUAUAUUAACUUCCUUGUAAGGUCAUUAUCGUUUUUUUAAUGUAAAAACGUCUUGCAGAAUAAUCAAGAAAAUCUUGAA